AUGGACACCUCCUUCCCCACAGCAGAGGAACUCGUGUCCCGCUACGCCGACAACAUCAAGGGCAAGAUCAUCCUGACCACCGGCGUGACCCCGGGCUCCAUCGGAGCUUCCUACGUCAAGGCCGUGGCCGGCGGCUCCCCGGCGCUCCUCAUCCUCGCCGGUCGCAGCCAGGAGAAGCUGGACAAGCAGGCGGCCGUCGUCCGUGCCACCAACCCGGCCGUCCCCCUGCGCACCCUCCUCAUCGACCUGUCCAGCCUGGAAUCCACGCGCCGGGCCGCCGCCACGGUCAACUCGUGGGACGACGUGCCCCGGAUCGACGUCCUGUGCAACUCCGCCGCCAUCAUGGCCUGGCCCUACUCCGUCUCGCCCGAGGGCUUCGAGAACCAGCUGCUCACCAACCACGUCACGCAUUUCCUCCUGACCAACCUCAUCAUGGAGAAGCUCCUCAAGUCUGACAGGCCCCGUGUCAUCAGCGUUGCUAGCAGUGGGCACCGCUUCAGCCCCAUCCGUUGGGGGGAUAUGCAUUUCGAGGUACGUACAUGGCAUACAUACACGCAUGCGCACGGUGGAAACUUCUACAACCCCUGGGCCGCAUACGGCCAGUCCAAGACUGCCAACAUGCUCUUCGCCAUCUCCCUGGCCCAGAAGCUCGGUGGCCGAGGCCUGCUGUCUUACAGCGUCCACCCGGGUGCCAUUGGCACAUCCAACCUGGCCCACCAUCUCGACAUUCUCGACACGUGGGGAACGGAUGAUGGUGAUAGCAAGGCAUUGGCCGACCAAAACAGCAUCAUGGGCAACGAAGAAUUGCGAGUCUCCAUCCUCAACUCAAGCCAGGGCGCUUCCACCUACGUCAACGUCUCCUUCAACCCCUACAUCGAAGGUAACAACGGCGCCUACUUUGACCAGCUUAGCCUUCCUGACCCGCUCAGCGGGAAUGUCGCGCCCUGGGGUACGAGUGCGUCCGAGGCUGAGAGGCUGUGGCGCCGGACCGAGGAGAUGGUCGGACAGAGGUUUUCUUACUAG